CGCAACGUCAGCUCCCCCCGUCCCUCUCUCCUGGUUGCGGCCCCACCACAGCUCGCCGACAACCACCACCGCCCAUCACGCCGACUGUUCGACGACAUCCCGCGGGCAAAGCCAUUGAAUCGAGCGACCACUCAAGAUGCUGCUGCUAGACUACCAGAACGUGCUGAUACAGUCGGUGCUCACGGAGCGCUUCUCCGGAGCGCCGCCCGUGUCCAUCGACCAGACCGUCUCCGAUUUUGACGGCGUCAUCUUCCACAUAUCCACCCCCGAGUCAAAGACCAAGAUCCUGGUUUCGAUCCAGAUCCGUUGCUUCCAAGACCUGCUGCGUUACGGCGCCGCAGAGGUGCUCAACCGCGAGUACGGGCCCUAUGUUGUCCCGCCGGAACCGGGCUUUGACUUCUCCAUCCUCGUCGACCUGGAGAAUUUGCCGGCCGAGCAGGAGGCACGAGACGAGCUGGUCAAGAAGAUUGCGCUUCUCAAGCGCAAUGCCAUGGCCGCUCCGUUUGAGCAGGCGUACCAAGAGCACUACCAGCUGAAGCAGGAAGCCGCCAAGUUUUCCUCGGAGGAGGCGCCCCAGGGAGUACGCGAAGGCGGCGAGGUCAAGGCGAUUCACUACCGCGAGGAGGAGGCCAUCUACGUCAAGGCGAGCCACGACCGCGUCACAGUCAUCUUUAGCACCAUCUUCAGGGAAGAGACCGACCGCGUGUUUGGCAAGGUGUUCAUCCAGGAGUUCGUCGACGCCCGCCGGCGGGCCAUCCAGAACGCCCCCCAGGUGCUGUUCCGCAACGACCCGCCGCUCGAGCUCCAGGGCGUGCCGGGCGUCAAGAACACUGGAACCGGCGAGAUCGGCUACGUUACGUUUGUCCUCUUCCCCCGACACCUCACGCCUCAGCGGAUGCCCGAAGUCAUCUCGCACAUCCAGACCUUCCGCGACUACUUCCACUAUCACAUCAAGGCGUCCAAGGCAUAUAUUCACUCCCGCAUGAGACGGCGGACGGCCGACUUCCUCCAAGUUCUCCGCAGGGCCAGGCCAGACAACGAGGAGAAGGAGCGCAAGACAGCGAGCGGAAGGACGUUCAAGGUGGGCGCCUGAGAAGAAAGGUCUUGGGAAAGCAUGUCUAGACCAGAAACAACGAAUGGACGCAAGCUAGUCCCCUGACCAAUAUACAACAAACAGCACAUAUGAUCUCUGGCAGGCGAACCAGUCGCAAGGGCGAUUUGUGUUUCCUUUUGAGAGAAAGAACCACAGC